UCCCCUUAGAGAACAGAUACAGGGAACAGACACACCUGCUCCUAUCAUGGGGCGGAGCCUGAAUAACAGCUCGGCAGAUAAUUAUACAUCGAUUGUUAUUAAAAAAGAACCAGCUUCAUGGGAAGGGGAAAACCACCUUGCAGAACAAAGGCAAGAAACAGCUACAUCAACUCUUAUGGGGCGGGGCCUGAAUAACAGUUCGUUCACUAAUGUUGCAUCAGAUAUAAUUAAGGAGGAAUUGUUUUUAUGGGAAACAGAACAUAAUUACAGCAAUAUAAAUACAAUUACAGGACAGAAACUGGGAGCUACUGGGAAGGAUUAUAUAUCAGUUGUUGUUAAAGAGGAACCGGCCUCAUCUGAAGAAGAUAAUAAUUUUGCAGACCAAAUACAAAUAACAGAUAAGUCAACUGUCAUACGGUGGAGCCUGGAUAGCAGCACAACUGAGCACAUACAGGGAACAGACACACCUACUCCUAUCAUGGGAUUCAGCCUUAUAAAAACAAAUAGCAAUAAAUACGAUGAAAAUGCAGAUACAUCCCCUGAUAAAUCCGGCAUAGCAACAAAUACUUUGUGUAACAAAUACAGCUGCAAUGAGUGCCAUAAGCAUUUUACUGAUAAGAGAAAAUUUGAUAAACAUCAAAGAGUCCACAAAAGAGAGAAACCUUUUUCCUGUUCUGAGUGUGGGAAAAGUUUUCCAUGUCGAUCGAACCUUGAUCGUCAUCACAGAACCCACACAGGGGAGAAACCAUUUUUUUGUUCUGAAUGUGGGAAAUGUUUUUCAUGUCGAUCUGACCUUAAAAAACAUUGCAGAACCCACACAGGCGAGAAACCAUAUUCUUGUUCUGAGUGUGGGAAAUGUUUUUCAUAUCGAUCUCACCUUAAAGAACAUUACAGAACUCACACAGGGGAGAAACCUUUUUCAUGUUCUGAAUGUGGAAAAAGUUUCUCCUCUUUAUAUAUGUGUAAUGUCCAUCAAAGACGAACCCACACAGGGGAGAAACCUUAUUCAUGUUCUGAAUGUGGGAAAUGUUUUGCUGCUUCAUCAGAUCUUACUGUCCAUCACAGAACCCACACAGGGGAGAGACCUUUUCCUUGUCCUGAUUGUGGGAAGUGUUUUUCAUAUCGAUCUCACCUUAAAGAACAUUACAGAACCCAUAGUGGGGAGAAACCUUUUUCUUGUUCUGAAUGCGGGAAAUGUUUUUCAUAUCGAUCCCACCUUAAUAAUCAUCACAGAACCCAUACAGGGGAGAAACCAUUUUCUUGUUCUGAAUGUGGGAAAUGUUUUCCAUAUCGAUCUUACCUUAAAGAACAUUACAGAACCCACACAGGGGAGAAACCAUAUUCUUGUUCUGAAUGUGGGAAAUGUUUUGCUAUUUUAUAUAGUCUUAGUGUCCAUCAAAGACGAUCCCACACAGGGGAGAAACCUUUUUCUUGUUCUGACUGUGAGAAAUGUUUUGCUGCUUCAUCAGACCUUACUAGUCAUCGACGAAGAAACCACACAGGGGAAAAACCUUUUUCUUGUUCUAUUUGUGGAAAAAGUUUUGCCUCUUCAUCAGAACUUACUGUCCACGGACGAACCCACACAAGGGAGAAACCGUUUUCUUGUUCUGAAUGUGGGAAAUGUUUUUCAGACCGAUCUUGCCUUAAAGAUCAUCACAGAACUCACACAGGGGAGAAACCGUUUUCUUGUUCUGAAUGUGGGAAAUGUUUUGCCACUUCAUCACAACUUACUGUCCAUGGACGAAUCCACACAGGGGAGAAACCAUUUCCUUGUUCCGAAUGUGGGAAAUAUUUUGGCUCUUCAUCAGAACGUAUUUCCCAUCAACGACGAUACCACACAGAGAAACCUUUGUCUUGUUCAGAAUGUGGGAAAUGUUUUUCAGGCCCAUCUAUUCUUAAAGAACAUCUUGAAACCCAGACAGAAGAGAAACCGUUUUCUUCUAUGGAAUGUAGUAAAUGUUAUUCUUGUACUGAUUGCGGGAAAUGUUUUUUCACUUCAUCGGAACUUACUGUCCAUCACAGAACUCACACAGGGGAGAAACCAUUUUCUUGUUCUGUGUGUGGGAAAGGUUUUACACGUAACAGUAAUCUUAAGAUACAUUUUCAGAGCCACACAGGAGAAAAACCAUAGGCUUGUUGUCAUCGUUUGACAAAUUGUCAUCAGGCAAAUAUUUCUUUGACGUUGAUAAUAUCAAUGUGCAUUUUUUUUAUAUUUUGUCAGUUCAUCAGAUUUAAUGUAUAUUUGCAACAGAUUUUCACUGGAGAGAAACCAGUUUCCUGUACUGAAUGUGGGAAAUGUUUUGCUCGUAAAAGUAAUGGUAAAAUAUAUUUUUAGAGUCACAAAGGAGGAAAACCCAUAAGCUUUUUAAGUGGACGAAAUGGUUUACAAAUAAGACAUCAGGCAACAUUUCUUUCCCAUUGAUCCUACUAUGUAUGUUGACAUUUACAGAGGAGAAGAACAUCUUUAUAUACAACUGAAUGUUUCCAUAGGACAAUCCUUAGACCAAUCCUGUUCAGCUGAAGACUCCGGGGCCUGAUGGACACAGGUGAUGCGCAGACAGGUGCCCCAUAAUGCUCCUCCCACGGCACUGGCUCCCCAUUGGGAACUGAGGGACCUCAUUUCAUGCUUAGUUCAUGGAAAGUGGAAUAAAUCUCUGCCUCUCCUCAACCCACAAUAUGCUUCUUACUGUAUAAAAGUUUCUUUAUAUUAAAUCUAUUUUGUGAAAUCCCUUUCCCAGG